AUGAUGGAACUUUCCCAUAGUUUGAUUUUAAAUGAAGAAGCUCUUCAGCAAAUUCCUGAGCCCAAAAGGCCUGUUUUCAUCUUUGAAUGGCUAAGGUUUUUGGACAAAGUUCUAGUUGCUGCUCAAAAGUCUGAUAUCAAGGGAUGUCAAAAGAAACUUGUUGAGCAACUUACAAAACAGAUGAAUGAAUCACCUGGACCACCUACAAGGAAGCUGAUUGGUCGCUGUCUUGCUACUCUUUUCAAUGUUGGAGAUGCGUCUUUAUUGUUUGACACAAUCAAUAAGUGUAAUGAUAUUAUUCGAAAUAAGGACGAUUCUCCAAGUUUCGUCGCUAUAAAGUUAGCUGCUAUUUCCUGCUUGGGUACAAUGUAUCAGCAGCUAGGUCGAAUGACUGGAAGAUCAUAUGAAGAAACAGUUUCUAUAUUGCUUAAGUCUUUGAAAAGCGCUGAAUCCCAAACUAGGUGUGAAAUAAUGGUGACGAUGGAAAAAAUUGUUUCCGGGCUUGGUAACGCUGCAGUUUCCGUUCACAAAGAUAUUUUCAAAGCUUUAAAACAUUGCCUAACAGAUCGUGUAAUGACUGUUAGAUGUUCUGCUGCGAAGUGUUUGCAAGAAAUGCUGAAACACUCUCCUUUCCUGUAUACUACAGAUUUAGAGACCGUAGCUUCGUUAUGUUUUCGAUCUUUUGAAGGAUCAAAUUACGAAGUUAGGUGUGCAGUGUCAGAACUUUUGGGCAUUGUAAUGGCUACCACUCAACAAGCAUCUCAUCCUACUGUAGGCAAAAAUCGAUUACCCACCUUGGAGGAAGUUCUAGGGCUGAUGGCAUCCGGGUUCCUUCGUGGCGGAAUUGGAUUUCUCAAAGGCAGUGCUGGUGAAAUGAUUAAAGGAGGGUCCUCUGUUAGUAGGGAAAUACGUGUUGGUGUCACACAUGCUUACGUUGUCUUCAUUCAGAAGCUCGGAGGUCCGUGGCUGGAAUCGAACCUAACCAUAUUACUUACCCACUUGUUAGAACUUGUCAUUAACCCAAAGGCUGUUCCUACCCACGUUGAUGCUGUGUAUAGUAGAAAAUGUGUUAACUUCAUUCUUCAGGCUGUUCUUGGUAGGCUCCUUGGCGAAACAGCUCAAGCUUCCGCCUGCAAAGAGCUAGUUCGCAUUAUUAUAAAACACGUCAAUGAAGAUAGCACUUCUGAUACGUCAGGAAAAGACAAUUCACAGGAUGCCUCUUUAAGUCAGCAUGUUUUAGUCUGUUCCUUGCAACAAUUGGGUGCUUUAAUAAGUGUCCUUGAUACAACUGCUACAUCAAUAGUUUGUGAUCCUUCAACAGGAAUCGUAGAAUCGGUGGUAUCUGUUCUGGUGCAUUCGAGUUCCGCCGCUCGUCUGGCCGCCGCGUGGUGCCUGCGCUCAAUCACGAGUGCCGUGCCUUCACAGUUGACUCCCUUGCUCGAAAGAUGUUCCGACAGGCUCGAAGUGCUCAAGUCGUCUCCCGAAGCGAUUGCGGGCUAUUCUGCUGCGCUGGCUGCUCUGCUCGGUUCUUCUAGAAACACCCCUCUGGGGAUACCUCAGAAUCGUGGCAAGAUGAUAUUUAAUGUGGCUGAAGAUUUGCUCAGAAGUGCUUCUCAAAACACUCGCCUCUCUCUUCAACGUACCCAAGCUGGAUGGUUAAUGAUUGGUUCCGUCAUGACAUUAGGUUCCUCUGUGGUUAAGGGGCUUUUACCUCGAAUGCUACUUUUGUGGAAGAACUCAUUUCCAAGGUCAAAUAAAGAACUUGAACAGGAAAGGCACAGAGGUGAUGCGUUCACAUGGCAGGUGACUUUGGAGGGUAGAGCUGGAGCUCUUGCUGCUAUGGGCAGCUUUCUCCUGCACUGUAAAGAUUUGGUAAAUGAGGAUGUCAUACGUCGCCUUCUUUCACCCAUUGAAUCAGCUCUUGCCAUGCUCGUAAAUGUUGGUCAUGUUUUUAAAUCUUAUGGUCAACAUCUGAAAGCCUGUGCAGCAAUGGUCAGAAUGAGAUUAUAUGAAGUGCUAUCUUUGUUGCCUCCAAAAUCUUACGAAGGUACUUAUAACAGUUUGUUAAGACUGUUAGUAGCAGAAUUCACUUUGACCGAAAACCCAGCCAAUACUACAACUUCUUUGCUGCGCAGUCUAUGCCACAUAAAUGACAGUAUUAUUCUGGGAUUUUGGUUGCAAGAAACAGAUCAUAAAGCUAUUGAAGAUCAAAUGGAACCUAACAGGCGUCUGGAUAGGGACAAUUUGCAACCUAAUAGUGCUUCAGGAUCUGGAGCCCUUGAACAUGAUCAUACAGCUCUUUAUAAAGUGUUAAAAAAGGAGAAAUUUAUUCCUGACCCUCUACCAUUGGGAGUUGCUGUGAUCGAUAUGUCUGUCGUUCUGUUCGGAUUGGUCUUUCCGGUUGUUGCUUUCAAACACAGGCUUCAGAUGCUGGAGCAUUUUUCCGAGUGCAUAAGACAGGCAAAAGCUACCAGACAAGAAGCUGUACAGAUCAAUAUUUUUACUGCUUUACUAAAUGCUCUUAAGGCACUUGUUGAAACUAAAUGUAACUUGGGCUCUGAAGAUGUCAGGAAGGCUGCCAUACGUUUGAUACUAAGAUCUCUUAAUCAUAGUAAUCCCAUUCUGAGAUGUGCAGCUGGAGAAGCUUUAGGAAGAAUGGCUCAAGUUGUCGGAGAUGGUCGUUUUGUUGCAGAAAUGGCCCAACACAUGUUUGAUAGAUUGAAAUCUGCUCGUGAUGCUGCAUCUCGCACUGGCCAUUCGUUAGCGUUGGGUUGCCUGCAUCGUUAUGUUGGCGGGAUGGGUACCGGCCAACAUUUAAACACAAGUGUUAGCAUAUUAUUAGCUUUAGCGCAGGAUACUAAUGCACCUGUUGUUCAAUUAUGGGCUCUCCAUGCUUUAUCAAUGAUAGCUGAUUCUGGUGGACCCAUGUUUAGAACCUAUGUGGAGCCCACGCUAUCUAUAGUUUUAAAAUUGUUGUUGCACAUGGCACCAACUCAUAUUGAUGUUCACCAGUGCAUUGGAAAGUGUCUUACUGCUUUGAUAUCAACUGUGGGGCCUGAGUUACAAGGAAAUUCAUUAUCUGUUUGUACUACAAGAUCAUCUUUCCUGGUUGCCUGUGCUAUUAUGCAGGACCAUGGAAACCCGUUAGUGCAAGCUGAAGCGAUAGCUUGCUUACAGCAACUUCAUAUGUUUGCUCCUCGCCAUGUCAACUUAUCUAGUCUGGUACCAACACUAUGCUGUGCACUGCACAGCUCUCAUUUGCUGUUACGUCGAGCUUCAGUUGCUUGCCUCAGACAACUUGCACAGCGAGAAGCUUCGGAAAUAUGCCUACAUGCAUUAUCGUGGUCGAAAGAAAGUAAUUCUUCAUCCAAUAGUGACAAAGAUUAUCUUAGUGCGAAAGGUUUAGAAGGAGUUCUCUUUUCAAUGCUGGACUCUGAAACUGAUACGUGUCUUGUUGCCGACACUCAUGAUACUCUUAUGAGCAUGCUGCAAACACUUGCUGAAGAAAGUGUUGGACAUUGGUUGCAAUUAUGUAAAAGUGUCCUUACAGCUGCAGAUCUAGCAUCAUUAAAAGAAGAGAAGGAGGACAAUAAUGAAACUGAAAAUGAUGUGGAUGCUGAUGAUGAAGCAAGGUUUAAAGCGAGUGAGGAAGGCUCUCGUACAUUUGUUUCCCCACGGUGGUCAACAAGGGUAUUUGCAGCAGAAUCUUUGCAGAGGAUUAUUACUGUUUGUGAAGGAAAAUAUGUCCAUUUUGACCUUUCCCUUGCUAGGGAAAGUAAAUUGGUAGAUAAGAAAGAUUACUUAGUAUUUUACCUUUCUGAUUUGAUUCGAAUGGCAUUUAUGGCUGCUACUUCAGAGAGUGACAGUUUGAGAAUUGAGGGGCUCAAAGCAUUGCAAAUGGUAAUUAAUAGAUUUUCAAAAGUGCCAGAGCCAGAAUUUCCUGGUCAUGUUAUACUGGAACAGUACCAAGCACAGGUUGGUGCAGCUCUUCGUCCAGCAUUUUCACCUGAAACACCUUCUCAUAUCACAGCAUUUGCAUGUCAGGUUUGUAGUGCUUGGAUUGGCUGUGGUGUUGCUAGAGACCUAAAUGAUUUACGAAGAGUGCACCAAUUGCUUGUUUCCUCUCUGGAAAAGCUUCACAAAGCAUCUGGUACUUUAGUUUAUAAUGAGAGUGCUUCUACAAUGGAAAAAUUGGCAAUUUUAAAAGCUUGGGCUGAAGUAUAUGUUGUCGCAAUGAAUAGUUGUAAACAGGAAGAUAAAAAUUCAGCCGACACAGAAGAAAGUUUAUUGCGACUUGUUUCUCCAGAGCUUUCCUUACUCAGCAUUUACUGGUUGGCAUUUUUAAAAGACUAUGCUUUACUAUCACUCCCAUCUGAAUUUCGUUCUCAACUUCCACAUGAAGGGGGUGCAUUCUAUAGUUCCGAUACAAUAGACACUGUUAGAAAAUAUUACCAAAGUACUUGGCCACCAGUACUAAAUGCAGCAACCCUUUGGCUUUGUUGUGGAGGGUUUGAGUUAACAGGGGAAAAUCCAACUCAAAGUUUACCACGUAACCUGAAAACUUACGUCGCCCAGAGCAAUAAAAGUGCCAAUGAAAUAAACAGUGAUUAUUUUCAUUUAGUCUUUGGGAUUUGCUUGGAAGCAUUAUGCAAUUCAUAUACCAGCUCUACUCCUGAUUGUGUAACCGUGUGUCUUAAUUCAUUGAUACAAUUGCUAAAUCAUCGCCUGCCUUCUAAACUGCUUGGCAAAGAUGUUCAGUUGUCUAUUGAGCUUGCAAAUGUACUGCACAGGCUUCUACUAACUACAGAAAACAGUGAUACUCAAUUAUCUGUGAUUGAAGUUGCCCAACUUUUAGUUGCUGCUCAUAAAGAAUGUUUAGAGAGUGAAAGAAAAAAAUGCCUAAAAGAUUUAGCACCAGCAAAUCAAGAACCCAAAGAUCAUAACAGUGAACUGGCAUCUUUAGGAGAAGGCGGCGAGAGUGGAAUUAUAACUCAUGAGAAGUCUGUCGUGUUUUCCAUUUUAGAAAAUUGCCUGUGUUUAAUCGUACGUCAGCUGCCGCAGAUAAGUCCGGCACUUGCGAGUAGUACCGGGACCGUUGUUCAGAACUCGAAAUGUAACAAGCAGUUUACUACCAAUACUGCACCAUUAGUAACUUCAGCGUUGAAGGUCUUAGUGCAGCUGCCUAAUUUAUGUUCCUAUUCCGCUUCUUCUAGUGUUGCUUCUGUUGUUCUUCAUUUGAUCGUGGGUGUCCUUAAACAAUUUUCGACAGAAUCUCUGGAGAAGUAUCAGUCAUUUUUAGACAACACGUUAGAAUGUUUGCAAGAUCUGUGUUCCAAUCCUUUAGCCAGGAAUAAUGCUUGUAAAAAGGAAUGGGUUGGUUUACUUCAAAGUGGUUUAGCUCAUAUUAGUUACUUUUCAAAACCUGGUGUAAACUUGACAGAAACUGACAAGUUGAUUUCAAUUCUGGCAAUAACCAUUUACAUUACUUCCACCCCUAAAGAAGUGGUCUGUGUUCCAAAUUUGCGUCAACACUGCAUCAACACCUUCACUCAUGCACUUCAACAAGACGGCACUCUGCUUCAACUCAAAGCCAUAUCAUCUCUAAGAUCCAUAUUUGCCCUGCCAGAUAACGCCGUAUCUGGACCGUACAUAAAUGCGUUGUGUCCAAAGUUAAUAGAAAUGAUUGGUCAAUUUACGACGGAGCUUUCAACACUUAUUAGUUUCUCCUCUGCGAAAGUUGCUGCCAUCAAAGAAUUGAUUCAAACAAUGAAGGUCUUGGUGGAUAUUGCAGCUAAUGAUAAAAAGCUUCUGAUUGUGGGCUUGUAUAUUCCAACCCUCGUAAACCUCUUGAUUGAGCCAGAAUCCUCGCAGAAAUCAUCUCCGGAAAAAAAUGCAGUUCACUCUUGUGCUUUACAACAACUCAUGAAAAUCGGACCUCAAUAUCCCCAAGAAUUCCGUACAGUGGUGAGCAGAAAUUUACGCCUGAAGACUAAAUUAGAGACUUGUAUUCGUGCGGCUCAAACGGGGACAGAUACGAACAGGGACCCUUCGGGUGAAAACGGAUCUCAAUCGAACGCGAGAGUAGCUUCACCUGCGAUAAAACUGAAGACUGAUUUCAGUAAUUUCACCGGAUAAUGCGUAUGUUUAGUGCUACGGAAGUAGCGAUGAGUCAUUCUCGAGUAAGUUUAGUUCUUCCGAGUCAGUCGUAAAAACCUUUCAGCUGUAUUUUGAAAUAUGCUACUUGAUGUUCUGUGAAUAUUCAACUAAAACCACAGGAGAAGUAUUUGUAAGUACUUAUACAGUUACUGCAAGACAAAU